AUGUCUUCCGAAAACCAGUCUCCCGCCCCCAGUGUUCAGGGCAGCCUCAACACAAGUGAAAUCGCAAGCAAUGAACAGGCCAACAAGUCCAUGUUGGCUAUUACCAGACUUAGGGAUCUCCUGGCUGCUGCUUCCAUCGCCCUAGCCGAUGCCAUCGAACAAAACCAGCCUGAGGACACCAAGAAUCAAAUAAGGCUGACAAUUGCAGCCACAGAAGGCGAUCUGGCUAUCCUCAUGUCAGCACAUACCCAUUUGCUUCGUUCUGGUCCUGCCCGCGCUGAGCAAGUUGCUCCCCAGUCCCGUGUUGUACCUCGCGAGCUACCAGUUCUUCAGUGGCAAGGAAACGAGUGGGACAACACCCAGAAGGUCUACUCGUCCAUUGAAGAGUGUCUGGACAAAUUCGAGGAUGUGCUCCACUCAUACAGUCUGGACCUUAAUGUGGACUGGCACCGUCUACUCCCCAUUGUUCUGUCAAGAGAACAGCGUUCCUGGUAUGACAACUACCUUCGUAGUUCCCCCGAGCUUCCCUGGUCCUUUGUCCGUGACGCCUUUAUCAAGGUAUAUGGAAUCAACGAUCUUGAGCGUCAAGUACAGCUCACACAUGAGCUGAUGCUCAUGAGAAUGAGCCCUACAGAAACCGUCAGCAACUACACGGACCGUUACCAAAGGGUUCGUCGGGAAGCUGACGUGGCAGACAACAUGCAGGCAGCCAUUGCAUACACUGCCACACUUCUGCCCGAGCUGGCAAGACAAGUCUCCUUGCUACAAGUCAACAUGCCCAGGGAAAAACGGGACACCAUUGACAAGGCUGCUUCCCUGGCCCGGUCCAUCUAUAGCAAGGUCUUUCUGAUGAGCUUGCAUAACGACCCUGUGCCCAAAGGCCACCAUCUCAGCCCAGAACAGACGACCCGCAUGUCUGCUGCCACCUCUUCUGCCCGCUCCCCUGGUUCUCCCCGUGAAGCCACACAGAGCCAUGAGCGCUCUUCCAGCAAGAGGUGCUCGCUCCAUGGCAAGGGCAGCCAUGACUCCGAAGACUGCCGCAUCCUCAAGAACGCACUGGCAGCAAAAGGGGGCAAUCGGGUUGAAAAAGCCCCCUACAUCAACAAGUACGUUGGUUCUGCUCCUUGCCGUUGGUGUGGUGAAGUUUGGUCCCACAAACAUCGCUGUUCUUCCGUCACUGGUUCCUCCAGCUCUUCCAGUUCUGCGUCUGGCUCUUCCAGCGGCUCUGCUCCCCACUUCGCUGUCCGUUCUGCCCACACUGUCUCUGACGACAGUUCUCCCUCAGAUGUCAGCACAUCUGAGGAUGAUCAGUCCAUGCACAUGGACUUUGAACAGUGCUCCCCAUAAGAGGAAAAACUAUGGGCACUGGUAGACACCGGGGCCACCAUCAGCUCUGUCAACACCAAGCUCUGUAGCAAGUUUGGGUGGUCAAUAAUUCCUCGCAAAGGGAAAAUCGUGUUGGCCACUAGUAACGCUAUAGCUCAUAGACUAGGAGUAACAAAACCAAUAAAAGUUUUUUAUAACAAC